AUGGGCUAUAAAGCCCCCAAACCCUGCCACACUAAUAUCUACCUACGUGAAGAUGGAAGUGUGGCACUUCAAGGGGGUCGGCGCAAACAGUGGCAGAAAGAAGCUGUUAGUCCACCAAAAAUAGCUGAUGCAAACCAGACCCCACGUGGAGCUUAUGAGGGACCGGAUAAAUACGAUGAAUACUUGAUACAGCUACAGUAUAAGAAUAGGUUACUGAAGCAGUUGAAAGCCAAAGAUGAAAAACAGAUAGCCUUAGAGAGGAAAGAGCAAGGAUUUUCUUUGUAUGUCAAUGGAGCUCAUACCAACCUAGCAGGAGCAAAGCAUUCCCCUCGAAAACCAACCACAAAGAAACCUAAAACUGCUGGAGAUUACCCACGAAGAGCUCUGAUUGGUCAGAUAAAUGUUCAUGACGAUCGUGACUUAGACAGAGCCAAGACAGCACCAGAGAAGGUUCAAAGAAAGAAUUGGACAAAGGCCUCUGUUGAUAUAAAGACAGAUCAAGGAGAGAGAUUAAAAUUGAAAUCCAGACUUGCCCAAGCCACAGAGUAUUCUGAAGACUUUGAGGUUUACGAGAGUAUUGCUUCACAAGCCGACCACGGAGGUGAUGAGGAUGAUGGUGAAAAUGAUGAAGAAAGGAAUGAUGAAGGGGAAGAAGUUGAAGAAGAAGAUGAGAAAAGAGAUAGAAAUGAUGAGGAUGAAGAGGAUUAUUCACAGUUGACAAAGCAAAUGACUGUAAUCUUAGAAGGUGCAUCAGAUGGUGACAGUGAUCUUGAAAUCGAUGCUAGCCAUUAUACCAAAGAAACAUCCUCACAUCAGACAAGGAGAAAGAAAGGUGGAAAAACUGACGAGGUAGAGGAGGAUGAAGAGGAUGAUGAUAUCGUAAACCAACAACUGCUCCUCAGCAUUGAAGAUGUUAAGACACUUAGGAGAAGUUUGGAGGCAAAUCCUCACAUAAGGAGAAGCAUUUGCAGAAAGGGCACCGAUUCUGAUGAUGAAUCAAGCUCUGAAGAGGAUAUUGAAGAAGAAGAUGAGGAUGAGAUUGAGGAAGAACUUGAUGUUGCUGAUGACAGCCUCGAAGCGGGGAGGAGAGAUAGCGGGGAGAUGAUGAAGAUCGAGCCUGGUGAUAUGAUAGUACUUGACUUCGCAUCACACAUGAAACCUAAAUCCAGGGAACUUGUAACUGCAAAAAGGAAAGAAAAUGCUGAUGAUGUCUAUUUCCCUUCAAGAUCAAGUCAAGAUGAUUUUAAGAAACAAGGAACUCCAAAACAUAAGGAUAUUGUUAUGGAUUCAGGUCCUGUUGUGCGAAAAUCCACUCCCUUACAAACUCAGAAGAAGAAGGAUGAAGAGACUCACAAGUGGGCCAGCACUCCAAAGGAUGACGUCUCGGCCAUCCAGAAAGCUAUGGCAGCAGAGAACAGGGUUGCUACGGCAACGCGAACCCAGAGUGGUGCCAGGACUGCCCCUAAGGAAGAGACCAAGCCAUUAUCUACAUGUACAUCACCUGAUGAUAUGCCCAAAAGACCGGUGACUGUUAUUCUACAUCGCGGCGACGAGAACAAACCUGAGACCGAUGAUAGCAAUGAAAUUGAAAAGACUGCUAAAGUGUCCAGCACUUCGAUUGAAUCCUCGAGCCAUGACCCGUUGCUUAAUUCACAGAAUCUGGAUGACCUCAAGCUAGCCAUGGCCCUGGAGAAAGUCAAAGACAUGGAUGCAAAGUCACAGAGGAGACUCCUGAAGGUUCUUGGGAGACUAGAGGAUUCAACAAGCCCAAGAUCAUCCAGGAACACACCUCGUCAACACCCUUUAGGAAAUUUGUCUACAGAGGGCGCUUCUGAGAGUGAUAUCUUCAAGGGACCCAAGCUAGCUCCUCGCUCAAAGAGCGCAUCAAGUUCAAAGUCAAGUUCACUUGAAGCAUCAUCACCUGACCUCGAGGUUGUCAUUGAGAUCAACUCUAAUUGGGGUCAUCCUUCAAGGGUAGGGGUCACAGAGGUACAGUUCUUUGACCUCCAAGGUCAAAGGUUAACACUGCAGCCAUCGAGCAUUGAAGCUAGGAAUGCAGAGGAAAGCAAAGGAGAGCUUGCUAAUAUUAUCAACGCCAAAAUGAAGACUACAAAAGAAAGGAAUAUGUGGAGCUGUGAAUAUGAGAAGGGGUCACCAAUCUUACUUUUGUUUAGAAUCCUAUUCUCUCCCGCUGGCAGUGGGAUCUCUAGGAUGAAGAUAUGGAACUUCAACAAAACUCUGAAGGAUUUAAACAUUGGUGUCAAAGAAGCCAGAGUACUUCUUGGAGAUAAGGCAAUAUGGGAAGGAACAGUAGACAAAGGCUGUGGGAAUCAAGUCUUUGAUUACAGUACAACCAUCAUGAUUCCUACGGAGAGUGCAAAGGAGAUUGCAAGUAACAGUAUUCCACCUGAUGCAGUGAAUAAGGAGAAACAAACUGCAAUUGUGAAUCCAAGCAUACAAAGAACUGAGCUCUCAGAACAAAGGAAAAAUGUGGAGCAGAGGUUGCAUGAUGCUGGAGACAAGGUCUUGGAGAUCAAUCAGCCCCAGGGGAAAUCUGUGGAAGGGAGGUUGUCCAAUCCUAACAAAAGCAACUCAAACAGUAAUGGGAAUGAGGAUAGGGAUGAUGAUGGGAGCGGAGAGCUGCGGAGGAGCAUAGCCUUUGAGAUAGAUCUGGAUCUGUUCCCGUCCAAACCAGACCAAGAUCCAAAGGUGGACCAGACCAAGCGCAAGGACUUGACUCAGAAGCCCAUUGAAAAGAACAAGACUAAAGGUCAAACCCCUGCUAUUCCAAAACCAAGUGCCACUAAUCCUCCCAUAUCACUCUCUAGUCCAUCUUCAGCCCAGAAAGGUCAGGUCCCAAAGAUCAGUGUAGACCCCAAACAUACUGCUACAUCUUCUUCUGCGUCUCUAGAAGCCUCGGUCAAGGACUCUAUAGGGUUGAGCCAGGACCUUGGACUGAGACCAAGUGUCUCAGAGAGCUUUAGUCCAGAAGACCCGAGACAGACUAUUAGAUGUGAGACCAGGGUGCUGAUGAGAUCAACGGACACUACCCUUGAUCUGCCAGUGGUUGAUGACUCCAUUCAGAUCUAUGCUACACCAAGGUCCUCUCUGGAUGCAAGCAGGGAGAAAACUCCCAUUGCUGAUGAUGAUGUGACUCCCAGAGCCAUUCCCAUGGGAUUAGAAUCCUCACCAAACAAGACAAUCACUACCAGUGAGCAGGACACAAGCUUUGACAAGGGAGAACCUUCUAUGAUUGAUCAGCUCAAAGAAUUGACAGGCGAACAAGCUAAGAGCGAACGUCCUCACACUGAUAAGCCUUCAUGGCUGAAAGGGGAUGCAAAGAAAAAGCGGGUAUCCAAGCCUAAGCAGAAGAAACCACCUUGGCUGAAUAUAUUAGUGGACAAUAGGCUAAUGGUGAAUGCUGUUCGGGCCAAGGAAGGAAAGCCCUUCAUUGUUGCCGGAGCUGGAAUCUAUGGCUAUGGAAAUUCAAUGUUGUAA